UAGGCCGCGCGGCGCCGCAGCAAAUAUGAAGGUCAUCACUUGUGAAAUAGCGUGGCAUAAUAAGGAGCCUGUUUACAGCUUAGACUUCCAACAUGGAGCUGAUGGGAAGAUCAAUCGACUGGCCUCAGCAGGUGUGGACACAGCUGUUCGUAUAUGGAAAGUGGAAAAAGGACCGGAUGGAAAAGCAAUUGUGGAAUUCUUGUCCAACCUCGCUCGCCAUACCAAAGCAGUAAAUGUUGUGCGCUUCUCUCCGAGUGGUGAGAUCCUAGCAUCUGGAGGAGAUGAUGCUGUUAUUUUAUUGUGGAAGCUGAAUGAUAGCAAAGAAUUGGAACCAUUAGUUUUUCAGGAUGAAGAUGAAGCUCAGCUCAACAAGGAGAAUUGGACAGUUAUUAAAACUUUAAGAGGCCACUUAGAAGAUGUGUAUGAUAUUUGUUGGACCUCAGAUGGAAAUUAUAUGGCAUCUGCUUCUGUAGAUAACACAGCUAUAAUGUGGGAUGUCAAUAAAGGACAGAAGGUUUCAAUAUUAAAUGAACACAAGAGUUAUGUCCAAGGAAUAACCUGGGAUCCUCUAGGCCAGUACAUUGCAACUCUGAGUUGUGAUAGGGUCCUGCGAGUAUACAACACGCAAACCAAGCGUGUAGCAUUCAAUGUUACCAAGAUGCCAUCCGGAUCAGGAGCUGAAGGAGAGGCUCGGAGCUAUCGGAUGUUUCAUGAUGACAGCAUGAAGUCGUUUUUCCGCAGGCUCAGUUUUACUCCUGAUGGCUCCUAUUUACUCACUCCAGCUGGCUGUGUUGAAUCAGGAGAAAAUGUAACAAACACUACGUAUGCUUUCUCCAGAAACAAUCUUAAAAGGCCCGUGGGUCACCUGCCAUGUCCUGGAAAGGCAAGUCUUGCUGUUCGCUGCUGCCCGGUCUACUUUGAGUUGAGACAAGCAUUUAAUAAAGCUCCUGCUCUAUUUAAUCUGCCCUAUCGACUGGUGUUUGCUGUUGCUUCAGAAGAUUCUGUGCUUUUUUAUGAUACUGAACAGUCCUUCCCCUUUGGUUAUGUUUCUAACAUACAUUAUCACACCCUGAGUGACAUUUCAUGGUCCAGCGAUGGAGCCUUUCUUGCUAUUUCUUCCACGGAUGGAUACUGUUCAUUUGUUACCUUUGAGAAGGAUGAGCUGGGAAUACCAUUGAAGGAGAAGCCACAGAUAAAUGUCAGGACUUCUGGUGCAACAGAGAAGAAAGUGAAAAAGAGCCAGUCGCACAAAGUCAUUUCCCCAGGCUCUAGGCUGACAGAGGGGACUCCUCCCAGCAGGGCCACUGAUCCCAGCACUCCCACUCUCCAACCUAGAACACCCACAGCUGCUGGUAAGGACUUGCCUUCCACACCUGUUGGCAUAAAAAAUAUUCCAGUCUCAUCCUCAGAUGAGAGGAAAAUCAGCCAGCCAGCCAGCCAGAGUACUAAAGUAAACCAGCCCAGGAGGAUUACUCUCAACACUUUACAAGCAUGGAGCAAGACGCCAAGGAGAGUAAACUUGAUUCCACUGAAGCCAGAUACGCCAACCUCUGCAUAUGCAGAUACAGUUCCUAUACCUCCUUCCUCAGAACAGGAACAUGAGAGGCCAUUACCAUCUGAUGACAGUCUUCAAAAUCCCCCACCAUCGAAACGUCUUAGAACUGAGGAAAUGUCUCUUUCUACAUCUGCUGAAGAUCAAAUCAGCUGUGAUUCAAACAAAUAAAGGCUAAGCUUUUAAUAGACUCUUCACAGUCUGAAGGCAAUGCAGCUGUAUCUGAGAGUGCAUUUCUUUUUGCAAAUGUGAAAGCGUCAAUUCCCAAGUAAAGUACCAUAUGCAUAUUUGACGUAGUGCUGUGAAGAAAGAAGCUGGCAGUAGAAGACACAGGUUUCAGAAAUGUAGCUUUGCAGAAGAAGAAAUAAUUGGGAGGUGACUUAUAAGUGUGUUUCUACUUCUUGAAGACAGCAUUCUUCAAGAAAUGCCACAGCUUAAGGAAAUCGGGGAAAUGUGGGUAUGGAAAAGCUAUACAGUAACCUGAGAGUCUCCAUCAAAGUCCCUAAGCUGAUGUUUAUAAAGUAUUAUGACUUCCAGCAACCUGUCUGGCAAAAGAAUAGAAUUUCUAAGGACUUAAUCAUAAUUAUUUGAUGUGGUUUAAGACAAAAUAAUUCGUGCUUUCCAGUACAUGUGGAAUGGAAGCUGAUGUUCAUAUGCUCUGAAUGCAGCAGCAUACAGUAAGACUGAUACGAUAGAAACAGAAAUCAGAACUUGUGACUCCAAAAAAACCAAGAAAGCAAAAGGAAGAAACCCUCUGAAGACCUGUUGUAAGAACUAAUACUAAGUUUCUGUAUUUUCAAAAAAUGCAGACAUGAGAUUUUCCUGAGGCAGCAGGAUUUGAGCGUAUACAUUAGAAGUUUCCCCCUUUUCAUUUUUCAAAAAUCUUAAAUCCGUUAGCCAAUAAAAUAUAAUAUAAAUUCAGUGUAUAUUAAACUUCUAAAAGUUUAUUUCUUUUUAGCGUUUAGUACUUGCUAUAUAAUUGAAUGAAGACAUACAGAUUGAAAACAAUGAGAUCAAAAUAUUUGAAAAUCAUCACACUUGAUUUUCUAUGGUGUGGAGACUUAGCCUCCAGAAUUAGAAUGCUCAGCCACAGUAUUGUGAGCUUGUCCACUUAAUUUUCUUUAACAUCAUAUACUUGUUUUUAAAAAGUAAGAUAGUUCUUAAAAUGUGAACAGUCAUUCUAGCUGAUAAUAGCAUGUAGAAGUUUUAAACAGCAUUUCCUCUUACUAUUUAGCCUAUUAAUCUAUCAUUUGAAGUUCCACAACACACAGGAGGGGAAAGCUACAAUUCAAAUUAAAGCUGUUUAACUUUCAUUCUUCCCUGGAUUUGGUUGUUUUUGAGGUGUGUAAUUUACUUAGUAUUUGUUUUCUGUCAGUUUCUAUGAAAGUGGACUAAUACUUCAGAAAAGUAGAAAUACAUGUUUCAGAAGUGAUUCAUAAAAAUAUCAAGGAGGAAAUAUUAACAAAUACCUGUGUCAGAGUGUUUCAAGCAAAUGAAGUACAUUGCCUACAAUUCAAUUUCAACAGACAUUAAUAAGCAGAGAGUUGUAGGAAACUAACUGUAUCUUUGCUUUCAACCACUGAGAUGAGAAUUAGACUUACCCAAACGUGGGUUUUCUUCUAGUGAGGAAUAUAAAGACUUAAUUACCAAGCCAAGCCAUUUCUAAAACUGUUUUUCACAAAAAAGUUUAUAGACAUAUCUGAAUUAA